UACAAAAUGGAGAAACAAUUUUGGAUAUUUUUUCUAAUUUUUGGUUUCCUGAAGGAGUUGCAGUGUAUAAAAAUUCGCUUGCACAAAACUGUUUGCAACUCCCUGGAUGAAAGCGCCUGCAGAUUCGAUAGCUGUGAGGUUAAACCCAAUAAACAGAACAUUCCCUCAUUCUCGGCCGAUAUAAAACUUCUGAAUGGCUCCAUUGAUACUCUUGUCUUUCAAUCGGAAUUCUAUCACGUCUUUGGCAAGAACCAAUUACUCAUGGCCAAUAGAUCGUUUGAUUUCUGUGAGAUGAUAACGAAUAAGCGAAAGAAUUCUGUGGCCAAGUUCUUUAUUGACAUCAUUGCGACCUAUACCACCAUAAAUCAUUCGUGCCCAUUUAAGGAAGAUGAAAUUUUUAUACGCAAUUUAGCUGUUAAAAAGUUUGCCUUGCCUGGCCCAGAAGGAAAUUAUCUAUUCAAGAUGAAAGCAGUCGCGAAUAAGAAGAGUCUCUUUCGUUUGGAUUUGUACAUGAAGGUUAUUAAUUAGCUGAAUCAUAUAUGAAUCAAUGUCAAAUUAAGCCUCU